AUGAUGGACAAGGAUGCAUGCUACUAUCUGUUAGCUCUUCUUCCCCUUGUAUACUUGAUGAUGAGGAUCUGUAGAGGUUCCCUUACCUCGCGCAAUGGCGGUCUUCGGCUCCCUCCCGGCCCCUGGCAGCUUCCUGUCAUCGGCAGCCUCCACCAUCUCAUCGGCGCCCUGCCACACCGUGCCUUGCGGGACCUCUCUCGACGCCAUGGGCCUCUCAUGCUCCUCAGGUUCGGCGAGGUCCCGGUGAUCGUCGCCUCCACGGCCGAAGCUUCCAAGGAGAUCACCAAGACGCACGACCACAUCUUCUGCACUAGGCCGCUGAGCGCGUCUGCCAAGGUCCUCAGCGAGCGCGGCGCGGGGAUCGCGUUCGCCCCCUACGGCGGAGAGUGGCGGCAGCUCCGCAAGAUCUGCAUCCUGGAGCUGCUCGGCGCCCGGAACAUCGCCUCUUUCCGGGCCAUCCGCGAGGAGGAGGUGGCCCGGCUCACCCGGUCCAUCGUCGACGACUCGUCGGAGUCGUCAUCGGAGGUGGUGAAUCUGAGUAAGAUGCUGGCCACGUACGUGACGCACGCGACGGUGCACUGCAUCAUGGGCGGCCGGUUCAAGGAGCACGACACGUUGCUACGCUAUGUCGAUGAGGCGGUGGAGGUCGUCGGCGGCUUCACCUUGCCUGACCUGUUCCCCUCGUCGGGGCUGGUGCGCGCCCUCAGCGGCACGCUGCGCAGGGCCGAGGUGUUUCGAGACUCCGUGCUAGCCUUCAUUGGGCGCGUCAUCGAUGAGCAUCUCGACAGGAGAUCCGCCGAGGAAGCACACCAGGAACAAGACAUCAUUGAUGUCCUCUUGAGGAUCCAGAGAGAUGGCAACCUUCAGUUCCCCCUCACCAUGGACAACAUCAAAGUGGUGAUUUUCGAUCUUUUUGCAGCGGGGAGCGAGGCGCCGGCCACAAUUCUACAGUGGGCCAUGGCGGAGCUGAUGCGAAAGCCGAGCACCAUGGCUAAGGCACAAGCUGAGGUCAGGGGAGCCUUCAUGGGGCAAGAGAAGGUAACCGAGGAGGGUCUCGGCGAGCUGAGCUACUUGCACUGUAUCAUCAAGGAGACCUUGCGUCUGCACCCACCCGGGCCAUUCUUGCUGCCCAAGGAGUGCCAGGAACGGUGCAAAAUACUCGGCUACGACGUGCCCAAAGGCACCACUGUUCUGCUGAAUGCUUGGGCUAUCGCUAGGGAUCCGGAAUACUGGGACGAGCCGGAUGCGUUCGUCCCGGAUAGGUUCGUGGCUAGCGCGACGGACUACAAAGGCAACUGCUUCGAAUUCAUACCGUUCGGCGCCGGGCGGCGGAUCUGCCCCGGGAUGCUGUUCGGGGUCGCCAUUGCGGAGCUUGCCCUCGCAAGCCUUCUGUUUCAUUUCGAGUGGACUCUCCCAGAUGGCAUCUCUCCUGGUGACCUUGACAUGACAGAAACCAUGGGAAUCACUGCUAGGAAGAAGAAGGAUCUGCGGUUGCGUGCAACUCCCCACGUUCAGAAUGUGGAAACUUAGUUCCCUUGUUCGCAUUCUUGCGUUCUAUACAUUCUGUUUGUUG